AUGAUGCUGUUAAGGAAAAGAACCCAGAUCUUCGCCUCACCGCUGUGGUGCAUUUGUCGUUGCUCUUCAACAAAAAGCGGCGGUGCUGAUAGUAAUAAUAAUAUCAGUAGCAGCAGUAAUAACAACAAGAGCAGCAGCGAAGACAAGUCACCUACAAAUAAUUCCAACUCAACUUCUCCUCCUUCAGAUGUAAGAAAAAAUAAUGAAUACAGCAUUCCUACUGCUGAUAUCCUUCGGGCGAUGAAGCAACGUGACUUUAACGCUAUUCAAACACACGCUGCUGAGAUUGUGCAUCAUAAAUGGAAAGAGGAGCACAGCAUCCCGGCACUCUGUUUACUUUUUUUCCUCUUAACAUGGUACUCUGUAUCAAGUGCAAGACGUCGUGUUGUGCGCUCUUGCAAGGCGACUGAGGCCAAGAUUAAAGAGGAGGCAGAACAGACACUUGAGCUGGUGGGAAGACUUGUUGGAAAGUGGCGAGAGGACGUUCAACGAGCUGACCAGCAGCUUCAGUUGAUUCUAGACAAAAAUGGUGAAUUAACCAAAGACAUUGACCGCAUGACAGCUGCCCUGCGUCAGUGCUAUAUCAACGCACCGAUCAAUAAAAAUAUACAGGCAAAGGAUAAUGGUCAGGAGUAG